AUGAAGCUCCUUUCAGAAACUAUAGAAAAAGAUAAAAGUGGAGAAUUGGCAUUGCUUCCAGAAGAUAAGGACGACCUAUGGGCAAUUUACAAUUUGAUCACCAAGGGCGAUUUGGUGAAAAUCAAGACUUUCAGAAAUAUCAAAAAGGGCAAAGGUAAAGAGAGUACCGGGUCCGGAUCUGGAGGAGUUAACGUGCGAAAGUUGCUAUUGCUAACUCUCAGAGUUGAAAGCAUAGAGUACACACCAAGCGAUGAAGUGAUGCGGAUUAAAGGUAGGACAACAGAGCAGAACGAGGAUGUGCCGCAGGGUUCGUACCACACGGCCGAAUUGGGUCUUGGGCAAAAAGUGAGACUUGAAAAAGAUGAGUGGGACGAAAUAGCACUAGACACUAUUCGAAAUGCAUGCUCUAUAGAGGCAAAGGCUGAAGUAGGAGCGGUUGUCCUGGAAGAAGGUGUGGCGCAUGUUUGCUUGUUGACGGAGAACAUGACGGUUUUACGCAAUAAGGUGCAAAAAAGCAUCCCUAAAAAAAGAAGGGGUGACUCAUCACAACACGAUAAUGCCCUCAGAAAGUUCAUAGAGACGACAGCAGAGUCAACAUUGCGUAAUCUUGACACCGACAGGUUGAAGGCCGUGAUACUAGUGUCUCCAGGUACGACAGCCAAGUUGUUGUACGAGAAAAUCAUCGAAAUAGCCACGAAAAGCCACAACAAGCAGCUUUUACACAGCAGGGGCAAGUUCAUCGUGGCGCAUUCAUCCACAGGGUAUCUCCAGGGGCUAGAAGAGGCAUUGAAGACCCCGGAGUUGCAGAAAAAGCUCUCAGAUACGAAAUUCCAGAGGAACAUCAUUCUUUUCGAUGAGUUUAGCAAGCUUUUAAAUGAGGACCAGGGCAAGGCAUGGUACGGUGAAGAGGAGGUGGAGAAAGCGGCUGCAGUUCCGGGAGCCAUCAAAGUGUUGAUGAUCACCGAUAGCUUGUUCAAAAAUGACGAUGUGAGCAGAAGAAAACACUACAUAGAGCUUGUGGAUAAGGUGAAGGAAAGUGGUGCAGAGGUGGCGCAGUUUUCGAGCUUGCACGAUACCGGGGAGCAGUUAAACCAGUUGACUGGAAUUGCGGUUAUUCUUAAUUAUCCGAUGCCGGAUUUGGACGAGGACGACGAGUAA